CCUCCUCUUCCUUCUUUACCACAAAGUCACUCCCUCGCGAGUUCACCUCAACACCAACUGCCCCUACUCAGCAUCGCCAUCAAGAGCGCAUAGCUGCACCUCGUCCUCAACAGCAAAGAUCCUCGUCACCAUCAGCAUACCCUCGUUACCCCAUUGGCGCCAAGAAAUCACUCCCUCGCCUCGUCCAAAUGGCAUACCUCAAGACGUCCCUGACGCCAAGUCAGAGGAGAAGGGUCGCUGGUAACAAGCGAUCCUCUUCAUCACUCCUCAAGUCCCUCUCACCACUCAACGUCAUCUUUGCAUUCCUCGCAAUCUUUGCAUUUGCCACGACGUUUGCACCAGGCAGCAACUUCGGUGGUGUUGCUGCCCAGGACCAGAAGCGAAGCGAAUACGGAUCCGUCAUCGGUAUCGAUCUUGGAACAACCUACUCAUGUGUCGGUAUUCAGAGGCAAGGACGCGUAGAGAUUAUCACAAACGACCAAGGAAACCGUAUCACUCCCUCGUACGUCGCCUUCACCCCCGAGGAUGAGCGUUUGAUUGGAGACGCCGCCAAGAACCAAGCCGCUCAGAACCCAGAAAACACAAUCUUUGACGCCAAGCGUCUCAUCGGAAGGAAGUGGGGAGACAAGGACGUCACAAAAGACGCCAAGAACUUCCCCUUUGACCUCGUUGAGAAGGCCGGCAAGCCCGCUAUCAAGGUCAAUGUCCGUGGUAACGACCGCACCUUCACCCCCGAGGAGGUCAGCGCCAUGAUUCUGCAAAAGAUGAAGGAGACCGCUGAGGCCUAUCUCGGCCACAAGGUCACCCACGCCGUCGUCACUGUCCCCGCCUACUUCAACGACGCUCAGCGAACUGCCACCAAGGACGCCGGUACCAUUGCCGGUCUGACCGUUCUGCGAAUCGUCAAUGAGCCCACUGCCGCCGCUAUCGCUUACGGUCUCGACAAGAAGGGUGAGGCUCAAAUCAUCGUCUACGACUUGGGAGGUGGAACAUUCGAUGUCUCCCUUCUCUCCAUCGAGGACGGUGUCUUCGAGGUGCUUGCUACCGCCGGUGACACUCACCUUGGUGGUGAGGACUUUGACAACCGAGUUUCCGACUACAUGCUCAAGCAGUUCCAGAAGAAGGAGAGCCUGGAUGCCCGCUCCAACAAGCGAUCCGUCGGCAAGCUGAAGCGCGAGGUCGAGCGAGCCAAGAGGACCCUCUCCAGCCAGAUGUCUACCAAGAUCGAAAUCGAGAACUUCUUCGAGGGCAAGGACCUGUCUGAGACUCUGACUCGAGCCAAGUUCGAGGAGCUCAAUGCCGACCUUUUCCGUAAGACCAUGAAGCCCGUUGAGCAGGUCCUGAAGGACGCUGGUGUCAAGAAGGAGGACAUCGACGAUGUCGUCCUCGUCGGUGGUUCUACCCGUAUCCCCAAGGUUCAGCAGCUGCUCAAGGACUUCUUCGAUGGCAAGGAGCCUUCCAAGGGAAUCAACCCCGACGAGGCCGUCGCUUGGGGCGCUGCUGUUCAGGGAGGUGUCUUGGCUGGUGAGGAGGGAUCCGAAGGUCUUCUUCUCAUCGACGUCAACCCUUUGACUCUCGGUAUCGAGACCACUGGAGGUGUCAUGACCAAGCUCAUCCCCCGAAACACCGUCGUGCCAACCAAGAAGAGCCAGAUUUUCUCCACUGCCACGGACAACCAGCACACCGUCUCCAUCCAAGUCUUUGAGGGCGAGCGAUCCAUGACCAAGGACUGCAACCAGCUGGGCAAGUUCGAGCUGACCAACAUCCCACCUGCUCCUCGUGGAGUACCUCAGAUCGAGGUCACCUUUGAGCUGGACGCCAAUGGAAUCAUGAAGGUCAUGGCUGCAGACAAGGGUACCGGCAAGUCCGAGUCGAUUACCAUUACCAAUGACAAGGGUCGUCUGACGCCCGAGGACAUUGAGCGCAUGGUCAAGGAGGCGGAGGAGUUUGCCGAGCAGGACGAGGCCAUCCGCAAGAAGGUCGAGGUGGUGAACCAGUACCAGUCCUUCAUUUCCUCUCUGCAGGCUCAGAUUGCCGACAAGGAGGGUCUAGGUGGUAAGCUGGACAAGGCCGACAAGGAGGCCAUCCGAACAGCCCUCAAGGACGGAACCACCUGGAUGGAGGAGAACCCAGAGGCCGAGGCUAGCGACAUUGAGGAGCAGCUGAGCGAGCUGCAGGCUACCGUUGCGCCGAUCACUGCCAAGGUGUACAGUGGUGGAGCUGGAGGUGCUACCGAUGAUGAGCCUCUGUACGGUCACGACGAGCUCUAGAUGAGAUGCUAGGGAGAGAGCAUAGCUAGAAGACCCAGAGCGGAUAGGAAAGGGGUUGCAGCGAACUUUAUUGUGUGCGGAGAGAG